CCUGUAUAAAAUCAAAUAAUUUGCUCCCUGCUAAUCAUUCCGAGAUGUUACUUCUCGUACUGUUGUUCGUUGCCUUGGUUUCCGGGUGCACUAUUGAUGUAAGAGUAGACAUUGAGAAGCCACAAGUUCUUAUUCUUAAACCCGGAAUGAACCAUGGUAAUGACGCUUUCUAUUGGCCGACGAAUGCAUCUCACAUUGAUAUCAAUCAGCGGCAAGUGGCUGUUCUUGCCUGCCCCGGAAGUAAUUUAAUCAUCAACAACAUUUCUCAAAAUUAUACGCAGGUGGACGCAAAAUGUUUGAAAAACAAAAAUUUCAAUAUAUUAGGGAAGACUGUCCAAUUCAAUGCUAUCAAUUGCACCGAAAACACUACAUUUACAGCGAGGUAUACCGGAAAUUCCUGCUUGAAUGUGCAUAGGGAGAUAGAGGCCGGAUUUGAAUUGGAGGGUGGAAGAUUUUUGAGGCAGAUUGCCAUGUGCUUUGACAGUGUUAAUCAGGACACGCUGUAUUCCGUGUAUAAUCUGACUAUGUAUAAUGGCAAUCGCCAGAAACCGACGAGGAGAGAAUUCGAGGAGGGCAACUUUUACAAUGUGGGACCUUCCAAAGUGAAUAACUUAUACAAACGCAAUAUGCAGAGAAAGACGAUUAACAAUUUGCUUGGCCUCCCACUAAACUCUACCAAGUACAUUGAUCAAUCCAACGACAACUUCCUGUCUCGCGGACAUAUGACGGCAAACGCAGAUUUCGUAUACAAUCCUCAGCAGAAUAUCACGUUCUACUUCGUUAACGUUGCUCCUCAGUGGAUGACAUUAAACGGAUACAAUUGGAAAUAUUUGGAAAAGGACGUUCGCGCCUACGCAGCCAAUAACAAAUUGGAUCUGGUUGUCUACACCGGAGUGCACGGGGUUUCCACACUUCCGCACGAUAUAACAGGAACUCCUACUCGGCUCUACCUUUACGUGAAUGGCAAUGAUAGGGGUCUGGCGGUUCCUCAGGUUUAUUGGAAGGUACUUUACAAUCAGAAAACCAAAGCAGGCGUGGCUUUCGUUGGCUUAAACAAUCCAUACGACACAAAUACUAGGAACUACAUAUUCUGCAAGGACAUUUGCUCCAUGAUCAAUUGGCUUACGUGGGAUCGCUUCAACAUCACGCAUGGCUACGGCUACUGUUGCGAUGUUAACGAUCUGAGGAAUACUAUUACAAAUAUACCGAAAUUUGAUGUUAAAACUGGGUCGACUGGAUCAAUUUUUGUGUUUUCCGAGAUGGCUCGUUCUUUGAUUGUGCUGCUGCUGGUUGCGUCUGUAACGCAAUUUACUUCAGCCAAGUCUUUAUUUUCUGGAUGCACGGUGGCCGUUAAUGGUGGUUUGGGUAAACCAGAAACUCUGAUCUUAAAACCCGGAGAGCAAGACGGAAAUGAUGCUUUCUACUGGCCGACUAAUGACGAUGAGAUCCAGUUUAACGAUGGAGAUGUCGCGGUGCUUGCAUGCCCUGGCGGUGAAUUGAUCGUAAAGGGUACGAAGACAAAGGAGUCUCAAGCGGAGGCUAAAUGUUCAGGAAAGUCUUUCACCAUUCUGGGCAAAUCGGUGGCUUUCAAGGAUAUCAAAUGCUCGAGGACUCCAUUCCACAACGCGAGGUACACCGGUCAAUCCUGUUUGGGAAAGCAUAAGGAAAUCGAAGCUGGAUUCGAGUUGGAGGACGGACGUUUCUUGAAGCAGAUUAGUAUUUGCUUCGAUGACGUGAUGCAAAGCAGCCUGUACUCCAGGUACAAUUUGACUAAAAACAUCGAAGGCUACCAGAGUGGAUACCCUAGGCCAGAUUUCGUUGAGGAAGAUUUCUACAAUGUUGGUUCAGCAAGUGUUAAUUCGUUGUACAGUCGCAACAACCAGAGGAAGACAAUAAACGCUUUGGUAGGUCUUCCCGCUUCUUCCUACAAAUACGUGAGCAGCUCAAACGAUUACUUCCUAUCCAGAGGACAUCUGACUGCCAAAGCUGAUUUUGUUUACGGUAUUCAACACCGUGUCACCUUCUACUACGUAAACGUAGCUCCGCAAUGGCAGACUUUCAACGGACGCAACUGGAACACCCUCGAGAUGGAUGUUAGGGAUUAUGCUGGCAGCAAGGAUUUGGAUUUGGUGGUCUACACGGGCACUCAUGGAAUCUCAACUCUGCCGCACGAGGAGACCGGUGAGCAAACGGAACUCUUCUUGUACGUCGAUGGGAAAGAGCACGGAAUCCCCGUGCCACAGCUUUAUUGGAAGGUUGUCCACAAUCCGCAGACUAAAGCCGCUGUAGCCUUCGUUGGUAUCAAUAAUCCCUACGAUAAGAAUGUCGAAGACGAUAUGUUCUGCACGAGUAUUUGCGACAAGAUCGACUGGGUCAACUGGAAGAACAACGAUAUCCAGAUGGGCUACGGCUACUGCUGCGACGUAAACGAACUCAGGAAAACCAUCAUUAACAUUCCAGAUUUCGAAGUCACCUCUAUAUUAAUUUAAAAUAAACACGCAAAGUGAUUUUAAUUUCUGUAAAUAAUAUAUAUAUUAUAAAGCAUUGUGAGUUAUUUGUA